UUAUUUCAAAAAAUAAAAUUUUACAUCGACUAUUUCUUGACAGUUUGUCUUGAAGGGGGGUUUAUUGAUUUAUUUUCGUGGUUUAGGGUUGGUGCUUAUACUAUAUUGAUUGAUUGAUGCUUGUCUCUAACGCUACUGGUGACGAGUGAAAAAGAAAAUGUUGCGAUUAGGAGAAAAAUUAUUUGUUCGUUUAAUGAGCAGUGAAGCGCAACAAACUGCAUCGGCAACAAAUAUAAGAGCGAGUAAUCUCGUUGAUUCAAUUGUUCGAGUUGAUCAUGCCGGUGAAUUGGGAGCUGAUCGAAUUUACGCCGGACAAAUGGCAAUAUUAGGAAGAUCAAAAAUGGGACCAACGAUCCAACACAUGUGGGAUCAGGAAAAGCAGCACAGAGCAAAAUUUGAGGAAUUAAUAGUGAAACAUCGUGUUCGGCCAACGGCUCUACUACCAAUUUGGAAUGUCGCCGGUUUUGUCCUCGGCGCUGGGACAGCACUCAUGGGAGAGAAGGCAGCAAUGGCGUGCACUGUGGCAGUCGAGGACGUGAUUGUCGAACAUUACAAUGAACAAUUACGAUCUCUAAUGGAAAACAAUAAGGAAACAAUUGACAAAGAAUUAUUGGAAACAAUACAAAAAUUCCGUGACGAGGAACUUGAACAUCAUGACAUUGGAUUGGAAAAUGGCGCCAAACAGGCACCAUUCUAUCAACUUCUCACCAAUAUUAUUAAGACCGGUUGCAAAACUGCAAUCGCCAUUACCAAAGUUGUUUGAAAAAUUUUAUUUAUUUUUACAAGAAUGUUUAUCGAUUUUUAUAACUCGGAAAAGAGUUUUUCUCCAAAUGCAAAUAUCGACUUAUUUCUUUAAACUAUUUUACCGACUGUACAUAAGAUUGGAAAGAGAAAAGGGGAAAAGAGAGGGAAAUGUUUCGAUUGGAGAAAAAAAUUUUUCGAGUGUAGUCGGAAAUAAAAAUCAGAUAACUUAAGAUCAACUAUGGCUGUUAAUUAAUGAAAUUAGGUAAUUAGCUAAAAAAUAUAAAAUAGCUAUUGAUGAAUUUUUGAAUACGAAGUUUGAUAAUAAAUAUCAUUAAAUGGUAA